AGAGUAACUGAGAUCUUCUUCAACCUAUCUUCUUCAAUCUUCAACCUAAUUUCAGUUUUCUGGCGGAAAAACUUUGAUACUUUCAGCAAGUUUGGUUGGGAAACGUGAAUAUUAGAUUGAAAUCUCGUUUCCCAUUCGUUUCCGGGAUGAAUUCAGUUUCAAACGCGUCUCCAUUUUUCUGAAACGGUUUCGGCGCCGGUUUCCCCGUUCCAGGACGUUUCGGAAACGGUCCUUUGGUUAAAUCAGAAACUACUUUGAAGUGAAUUGGAUUGAAGAACUGGCUAGUAGAUUAUAAUUUUCACUUGGCAUAUUAAAGAGAAGCAUUCUAGACAUGAUAAGUGUGCUUAAGCAGCUGAAAUCAACCAAAUUAAUCUGGAAUGGGAUUUCCAAGUAUGACAGAGCUUCAUGUCUUGCGUUGCUCCACUCAUCACCAGAAGCGUCUAUUGAAGUUUGUUCCAAGGAGCAAGAAGUUGUAAUUGCAUUGGGGAGCAACGUAGGAGACAGAUUAAACAAUUUUAACCAAGCUCUGAACCUAAUGAACAAAUUAGGCAUAAAUAUCACAAGACAUGGUUGUUUAUACGAGACAGAUCCUGCGUAUGUGACUGAUCAACCAAAGUUUCUCAACUCUGCAGUGAGAGGCUUUACAAAACUUGGGCCUCACGAAUUAUUGGGGUUGCUGAAGAAAAUAGAGAAGGAUAUGGGCCGAACUAAUGGGAUAAGAUAUGGCCCUAGGCCAAUUGACUUGGACAUGCUAUUUUACGGGAAGUUUAGGGUAAGCUCUGAAAAUCUCACUGUUCCCCAUGAAAGGAUAUGGGAAAGACCAUUUGUGAUGGCUCCAUUAAUUGAUUUAAUUGGGUCAGAUGUAGAAAAUGACACAAUUGCUGCUUGGCAUUCAUUAUCAAAUUUUUCUGGUGGAUUAUUUGAAGCAUGGGAUAAACUUGGUGGAGAAUCGCUCAUUGGGAAGGAUGGAAUGAGAAGGGUUUUACCGGUUGGAAAUCGCUUGUGGGAUUGGUCUCAUAAAACCUCUAUAAUGGGAAUCUUGAAUUUGACCCCUGAUAGCUUUAGUGAUGGAGGAAAGUUUCAAUCUGUAAAAAAUGCAGUUUCUCUGGUUCGUCAGAUGAUCUCUGACGGUGCUGAUAUGAUUGACAUUGGGGCUCAAUCCACAAGGCCUAUGGCAACUAGGAUUUCUGCGGAGGAAGAACUAGAAAGACUAGUACCUGUGUUAGAAGCUGUUAAGGACAUGAUUGUGGAAGAAGGGAGAAUCUUAUCGGUGGAUACUUUUAAUUCAAAAGUUGCUUCUGAAGCUGUCAAGAAGGGGGCACACAUUGUGAAUGAUGUCUCUGGUGGAAGACUAGAUCCCGAGAUGUUCAAAGUGGUUGCAGCUCUUAAAGUGCCUUAUAUUGCGAUGCAUAUGCGAGGGGAUCCUAAAUCGAUGCAAAAUGCCGAAAACUUGACAUACAAUGAUGUUUGUGAGCAGGUGGCUUUAGAGUUAAGCAGUCAGGUAAUGGACGCAGAAUUAACUGGGAUUCCUGCAUGGAGGAUAAUUAUCGAUCCUGGCAUUGGAUUUUCUAAAAACACAAAACAAAAUUUGGAAAUUCUCACAGGUUUGAAAAAAAUAAGACAAGUGAUGGCAAAGAAGAGUCUGGCCCUGGCUCAUGGUCCCUUACUGAUUGGACCAUCAAGAAAGAGGUUUUUGGGUGAGAUAUGCAAUCGUCCUGUAGCAACUGAUAGAGAUCCAGCAACUGUUGCUUCUAUCUGUGCUGGUGUUUUGGGUGGUGCAAACAUUGUAAGGGUACAUAAUGUUAGGGAUAACCUUGAUGCUGUGAAGUUAUGUGAUGCCAUGCUUGAAUAACGGGAUAUCAGACGAUUUUAGGUUCUUGAAAGAGUUGUUUUUCCAUCAUACCCUUUGGCUUGGGAUGAUAGGUUGUGCCAUGAUCAGUGUGCUUUCUUCAAACAAGGUACUUAUGCAAGGUUUAUGAAUCUACUUCCUAAAUCAAACAUAGGUUUGACAAGAGCCUGUUCGUUUUAGCAGUCUAAUUUGAUUAUUUUGACCACGAUCUGAUAAUGAUAAGCUAGAUGCAGUAUGGUGGACAAAGAUAUCAGGUGUGAGGACAGAUUAGAUUGUCAGACACCUCCUGUUAAAACGCACGCCAUCUGAAUGAACAUGAACAUGAACAUGAACAUGAACAUGAACAUUAUCUCCUUUUUUCCGAGAAAUAAGGGCGUAUUAGCCAUGUUGGUCAUCCUCUCUUUCUCCUCGCUCCUCAGCCAAUUUCUUUCUGUACAACACCUCAGCUGCUACUGCUGAAACUUUGUUCUGAUGCCGCAUUUCUUCUUCCAUCUGUUGUCUCUCAAAUCAUUAGAUGACAGAACAAGUCAUUACUGCUGCUUGCGAACAAUAAUAUAGUGCAGUCGCGCAGAUAGCAAUUAGCAAGCACUUCAAAUGAUCCACAGAUACACAAGUCCAGGACAGACUGGGAAGACUAACCAAACAAUGGAAGAUAUGUUGAGAGCUUGUGCUAUUGACUUUAAUGGUAGUUGGGAAUACCACCUAGAUUUGAUUGAAUUUUCAUACAACAAUAGUUUCCAUGCAAGCAUUAAGAUGACACAUUUUGAGGCAUUAUAGGGAAGGAAGUGCAAAAGUUCAACUUGUUGGAAUGAUUUCCGUGAGAACAUAGUAUUGGGAACAAAAUUCAUUGAGGAGACUGUCAAGAAUGUGAAAGAUGAUUCAGGCUGCCCAAGAUAUGCAAAAGAGCUAUGAAGAUUUGAAAAGAAGAGAUGAUGAGUUCGAAAAAGUAACACCAACUAAAGGCGUGAUGAGAUUUGGGAAAAAGGGCAAGCUAAGUGCCCAAUAUGUUGGCCCAUAUGAGAUUCUGCAAAAAGUAGGGGAAGUAGUCUAUAGGUUGGCUUUGCCAAUGACGUUAGAAAAGAUGCACGGUGUGUUUUACAUUUCCCAACUAAAGUGUUACUCUCCCCGUCCCGGAAUACUUGACCUGUUUUCUUUA